ACAAUCCUUCUGUCCUGAUCAGAAGUUUCCCAAAAGGGCGGCGCUCUUCUCCAGGGCGCAGUUAAAGAGCGCGCUCCCGAGCGCAAUGCCUCCCACCUCGGGAACUUAACGGGAUCGCGUCCGAUGGGAAGAAGACGUUAACGCCUGAAAAACGCUCGAAAGCAGUGCGCGCUCGCGUGUGUAUCGUAGCGUGUGUUUGUGUUUGUGUGUGGUGUGUGUGGACGCCGCGUUGUGUUGUUGGAAAACGCGCGGACGCUAUGGCCGCCGGGCGCAGCUCGGUGAGCGGGUUCAUGCAGCAGCCCGAGGCGCAGAGCUCCAGCGACUCCCCGCCGCCACACGGCUCCGAGGACGAGGAGCAGCACGGCGGAGCAGCGGCACCACACGACCCCGAGUGGACCGAGGAGAGGUUCCGGGUCGACCGCAAGAAGCUCGAGCUCAUGCUUUUAGCUGCCGCCGAGGGGAGGGUGAACGGAGGCGAGGAUUUCUUUCAGAAGGUCAUGGAGGAGACCAACACUCAGAUCGCAUGGCCGUCGAAGCUGAAAAUAGGUGCCAAGUCUAAGAAGGAUCCACAUAUCAAAGUAAGUGGGAAAAGAGACGACGUGAAAGAAGCCAAGGAGAAGAUCAUGUCCGUCCUCGAUACUAAGAGCAAUCGCGUGACUCUGAAAAUGGACGUUUCACACACCGAGCACUCGCACGUCAUCGGCAAAGGAGGCAACAACAUCAAGAAGGUGAUGGAGGAUACGGGCUGCCACAUUCAUUUCCCUGACUCUAAUCGCAACAACCAGGCGGAGAAGAGCAACCAGGUGUCUAUCGCAGGCCAGCCAGGAGGAGUCGAGGCAGCGAGGACCAGAAUCAGGGAGCUGCUUCCUCUGGUGUUAAUGUUCGAGCUGCCUGUCAUAGUCCAGCUGAACCCUGACCCCAGCUCUCCAGCCAUCCAGCACAUCUCUCAGACUUACAAUAUCUCUGUGGCCUUCAAGCAGCGUUCCAGGCUCUACGGUGCUACUGGGGUUGUGCGAGGCUCCCAGAACAACAUUGCAGCUGUGAAGAGGGGCACGGCCAUGCUGCUGGAGCACUUAGCCGGUAGCCUGGCGAGCGCCAUUACUGUGAGCACACAGCUGGACAUCGCGCCCCAACACCACCUGGCCAUGAUGGGACGCAACGGCAGCAACAUCAAGCACAUCAUGCAACGAACCGGUGCUCAAGUGCACUUCCCUGAUCCCAACUGCCCUCAGAAAAAAUCCACCGUCUAUAUCCAGGGCACCAUCGACUCUGUAUGCCUGGCACGCCAGUACCUCAUGGGCUGCCUGCCGCUGGUCCUGAUGUUUGAUAUCAAAGAGGACAUUGCAGUUGAUCCACAGUGUGUAACAUCUCUCAUGGAACAGCUGGAUGUGUUCAUCAGUGUUAAACCCAAACCCAAACAACCUAGCAAGUCAGUGAUAGUGAAGAGCGUGGAGAGGAACGCUCUGAACAUGUACGAAGCCCGGCGCUAUCUGCUUGGUCUGGACAGCAGUGGAGUGUGUGUGUCCAUCUCCACCACCACCACCACCACCUCCUCCAGCAGCAGCAGCAGCAGCAGCAGCAGCCCCCCAUCUGCCCUGACCCCGACUCUCAGCUGCCCCAUGGGCAUCGACAUCCUCACCUCUGCCAGCUUGGGGCUCACCAGUCUGGGUCUGCUCAGUCCAACAGCUGCUUCUCUAAGUGCUCCAUCCACCCCGAACUCUCUCCUUAAUGCCCUCAACAGCUCCAUCAGCCCCCUGCAUGUUUCUUCCUCUGGAACACCGAGUCCUACACUUUGGUCUAACUCACUGGCCAGUCCAACCAGCACACAAGGUUUUUCAUCACCCAUGAUGAUCCAUCCAGCCACUCAGGCCACACUGACCAACAUCCUGCUUCAGCGUUACACACAGAAUACACCGUCUCCUCCACCCGGUCUUGCCCCAAUAGACCCACAGGUCAACGGAGUCACAGACUGCAGCAAGGCCGUGUCGUCCCUCAACGGCAAGCACUCGGGCUCUAUGUACAGCAGAAUGUCCACUUCAUCACAAGUCCUGAAUGCGGCACAUGGAGAUCCUGCCCAGGACGCCAACACACACUGUCCAUCUGAACCACUGUCCAGCAAAUCCAGUCAGGAUCAAGGAUGUGAUACUUUCGUGGAGGUGGGCAUGCCGAGGAGCCCCUCACACUCGGGCAACAGCAGUGAACUAAAGCAGAUGCUGGCUUCCUGUAAAACAGCCUCAGGCAAGAGGCAGGCUGUGGAGUUACUUCAGGGCACAAAGAACUCUCAUUUACAUUCAGACUGUCUGCUUUCCGACUCGGAUUCCAGCGCUUCCGAGAGUCCUGUGGCAGAUAAACGGGCUCCGGGCAGCGAGAGAGCAGCCGAACGAGCCGCCCAGCAGAACUCGGAGCGCAUCCGUCUCCCGCCGCAGUCGACUUUCUCCAACAUGCAGGCCUUUGAUUACGAGCAGAAGAAGUUGCUGGCAACCAAAGCUAUGCUAAAGAAGCCGGUAGUGACGGAGGUGCGAACGCCAACGAACACAUGGAGCGGCCUGGGUUUCUCCAAGUCCAUGCCUGCGGAGACCAUUAAGGAGCUGCGCAGGGCCAACCAUGUGUCCUACAAGCCAACCAUGUCCACCACGUAUGAGGGAUCUCCGUUAUCGUUGUCACGCUCUAACAGCAGAGAAGGAUUGGGAAGCGGCAGCGACUCGGACAACUGGAGGGAGAGAAACGGGAGCGGGCUCCCAAAACACAGUGACUUCCCAACACCUAUCAGUCCCAAGAGGAAGCAGAACAAGUCAGUGGAACACUAUUUGAGCAGCAGCAACUACAUGGACUGCAUCUCAUCAGUGACCGGGAGUAACGGCUGUAACCUCAGCACCUCUAUGAAAGGCUCCGACCUGCCGGAGCUCUUCAGCAAGCUGGGCCUUGGAAAGUACACUGACGUCUUCCAGCAGCAGGAGAUUGACCUGCAGACGUUCCUCACUCUGACCGACCAGGACCUGAAGGAGCUCGGCAUCACCACAUUCGGAGCACGCCGGAAAAUGCUCCUGGCCAUCUCAGACCUGAACAAGAACCGAAGGAAACUCUUUGAGCCACCGAACAUCCGCUCCUCCUUCCUAGAGGGAGGGGCCAGCGGGCGUCUCCCUCGCCAGUACCACGCUGACAUCGCCAGUGUGAGUGGGCGCUGGUGAGCCCUGGUUUCUUCUGCCCAUGUGUUACUGAUGCACAGACAGCCUUAACUGCACAAAGCCAUGCCUGAUGCCUUAAUAAACAAUACUGGACCAAACCCUAGGAAUCAGUGCCAAAAAAAACCCCACAAAGAAUGUCUUUGGAAAGGAGGUUGAGUUCGGAGGACUCGUGUAAAUGUCGAUUAUUCUGUACAAUAUGGUACUCUAUGCAGUAUGGUACUCGUGUGGAAACGAAGGGAAUGCCGAAGGGUUAAAAAAAGCUCCCGCACUGUCGUUGUAUAAGGAGCUAUCUGUGUACUUCGUUCCUAUUUUUUAUUUAUAUCUUUGUGUUAGAUUUGUGUCAUUCUAAUUCUUUGCACUUUAAGAGUACUAAAUACUUUGGGCCGAUUCCUCUCUCGUCUGCCCUACAGGAUGUGCAUGGAGCUUAUAUAGCACUUAUAAGGUUUCAAUGAAGGUCCUGUUUUUUAAUUACGACACAUUGGAACUCUGAUCGUUUACUUACCGGUUUCAUUCACAAGAUAUAUGAGAAGUUCAGAGUUCACCAACAAACCACAGGUCAGAGCUGUGAGACUCUGUUUAAGAGCUUAUUAUCAGAGAUAUCGCCACAGCGUCGACUCAUUACGGAGAGGAUUUUGGUUCGUCCUGUCUGACAUGAUGUCAUGUUAUAGCGAUAGCAUCUAGCAUUUAGCAUCCAAACAGAAUAAAUGACAAAUGUAGUUUAUUAUUGGCUUUAAUUACUUAUUUAUUUCAAUUUUUUAUAAUUGUAACCGAUUAAGUUCACCUGAUAAUAAUGCAGACGGAUAUAAACAGGAAUAAGAAUAGGAAGCAGAAGGGAUCGGUCAGACGUACCGUGUCCUGUGGUUUAGCUACGGCGUUUAAGACUUUUAACCCUUUAUCACUAUUUGUGAGUUGCCUGAAAACAUUCAUUCAUUCAUUCAUCUUCUACCGCUUAUCCGAACGUCUCGGGUCACGGGGAGCCUGUGCCUAUCUCGGGUGUCAUCGGGCAUCGAGGCAGGAUACACCCUGGACGGAGUGCCAACC